AUCUAUUUCUUUCUUGGAAGAUGGAAACUCAAGGCGGUGAUGAGGAGCCCUUGAGCCUCCGGCUCACCAUCGCAAGGGAUUCAAACUAUGAAAAGAAGAGGAAAAGGAAGAGAAUAGACUACAUUGAUUCCUUGAAUUUGAGCUCCCCACGCGAAGAGAAUAUAUUCGGCCUCCUUCGACUAAGAGAACAAAUAUUCAAGAAAAACAAUAACAUAAAAGGUUACGAGGUUAAGGAUGUGAAAGGACUCCACUUGAUUCAAUUGUUGCUGAUGUCGGCUGCUUCAGUAGAUAAGAAUAAUAUUGACUUGGCUUUCAAGAAUUUGAUUGACCUAUACGGGCAUGUGUCGCUCACCGGAGACUCCGUCCAACGGAUGGUUGCACACUUUGCGGAUGGCUUGGUUGCCCGUGUCCUCACCGCAAGGUCUCCCUUCUAUGACAUGCUAAUGAAGGAACCAACCCAAGAAGAGAAGUUAAUGGCGUUCAUACAUCUUUAUAGGGCUUCUCCAUUGUACCAAUUUGCUCAUUUCACAUCUAACCAAGCCAUUAUUGAGGCUUUCGAAAAGGAGGAAGAAAGAAACAAUAGGGCAUUGCAUGUUAUUGACUUUGACAUCUCUUAUGGUUUGCAAUGGCCUUCUCUCAUGCAGUCCCUUGCGGAGAAAGCAACCUCCACCAACCCUAUAUCACUUCGAAUAACAGGGUUUGGUGAAACCAUAGAACAACUUAAGGAGGUGGAGGCGAGGCUCAUCAGCUUUGCCGAAGGAUUUUUCCAUCUAGCUUUCGAGUUUCAAGGGUUGUUAGGUGGAUCCCAAUCCGAGCUUUUAAAACUAGUGAAACAUAAAAAUGAGACCGUCGCAAUUAAUUUGAUGUGUUACCUUAAUACCACACGUAGUUUCACUAAUGUGUCUGAGAUCUUGAGCUCCUCACGUUCACUUAAUCCCUCCAUCGUAUUCUUGGUGGAGCGAGAGGGGAGCUGGAGCCAACGAGGAUUCUUGAAGACAUUCAUGGACUCUUUGCAUUAUUUUGCGGCUAUAUUUGAUUCUUUGGAGGAAUGUCUUCCCCUCGAUAACCCACAAAGACUAGACAUUGAGAGGAAUCACCUAGGAAGAGAGAUCAAAUGGGCAAUGAAUGAUCAUUACAAGGAGGAGGAGGAGACUUGGAAGGAUAGCAUGGAGAGGAAAGGGUUUGAGGGGAUAGAGCUAAGCUCAAGGACAAUUAUGCAAGCAAGACUUCUUGUGAAGAUUAGAAGUCAAUGCAAUGGGCCAAGUCAAUUGAAUGUUGAAAGAGGAGGAGGAUUUAGGGUUUCUGAGAGAGAAGAUGGUAAAGCUAUCUCUUUGACAUGGCAAGAGAGGUGUCUUGUGACAGCUUCUGCAUGGAGUUGUAUAUAAUACAUAUUAUAUUUAUUCAGUUAUAAUACAUCUUUUUUAUACUUCUCCUAUUCACAAAAUUGGGCUGCUUAUU